AUCUUCCAAGUUCCAAAGGAGGCUCUCAAUCUUUGGGUCACAAUCUUGGGAAAAAAAAAACACAAGCAAAACUUCAUUUGCAGAUAGAAAGAUGAUGAUUCACGGUGGUGCUUUGUCACGUGUUGCUUUCGGCUUAGCCGCCUUCCUCCUCUUCACAUUCGUUCACAGCAAGGAGAAAUGCAGCAAAACCUGCAUUGCACAGAACUGCAACAUUGUCGGCAUUCGCUACGGGAAGUAUUGCGGGAUAGGAUACUUUGGAUGCCCUGGAGAGAAACCUUGCGAUGGUCUUGAUGCUUGUUGCAUGACCCAUGACAAUUGUGUUGAUUUAAAAGGUAUGACUUACGUCAACUGCCAUAAGCAAUUCCAGCAUUGCGUUGACAGACUAAGCAAGGCAAUCAAACAAUCUAAUGGCACAAAGGUCGGCUUCUCUACCAAAUGCCCUUACUCGAAGGUGAUACCAACAGUGCACAAUGGAAUGGAUUACGGCAUUUUCUUCAGUAGGAUAGGCAAUAUUUUUAAACCUCUGGCGCCAGGAAAGGCCCCCAGGGUGGAGGUGAAUCUUGCUCGGAGUAAAGCGGACACAAAGGAUGGCCUUGGAACAAAAGUUGCCCUUCAGAGAAAAGAAGGAUCUAAAGUCUCUGCCACUUUAAACCAAAACAUGAGCCCUUCUACUUAAGGACUCAUAACUCCCAGUUUCUAUAAUGUAUGCGAUUAUAUAGUUUUGAUU